UGUACAAAAACCAAAAAAAAAAAAAAUAAGCAUUUAAAUUUAAACAAGAAUAUUUAUAAAUCUAAAUUAAAAUAAAAUAUAAAAGAAAACGUUUUCCAAUACAAAUUUCAAAUCUCAAUAUUUAUACAUAACAAAACUAGAAAAACGAAAACCUGAUUAAAUGUUUAAAAUCACUUUAAAGUCUCACUAUAAUCAAUUAAUAAAAUUUUAUAAUAACAAAAUAGUAAAAACUUGCAAAUAACCGUAUUUGAAGAUUAUUUUUAACGAAUUUGAAAAAAAAAACAAUGUUUUCAAUUUCAAAUCAAUUACAACAACACAAAUUUCUAAUAAUUAUAACACUUUAUUUUUAUCUGAUAUUUGAAAAAUCAAUAUUGCUGUGCAAUUGUGUUCAUGGUUACAGAAAUAAUACCGAAAGUGCAGAAUUAGUAUCACAUGUUGAAUCGAGUUUAUCAUUGCCCGAUAUUUUGCCCACACCCUCGAAAACAUAUGAUAAAAAUCGAGCACCCAAAUUACUGGGUCAACCGACAGUGGUGUAUUUUCAUGUGACUGUAUUAUCUUUAGAUUCCAUAAAUGAGGAAUCAAUGACAUAUGUAACCGAUAUAUUUUUAGCACAAAGUUGGCGUGAUCCACGUUUACGUUUACCUGAAAAUAUGAGUGAGGAAUAUCGUAUCUUAGAUGUGGACUGGUUGCACAGUAUAUGGCGACCGGAUUGUUUUUUCAAAAAUGCCAAAAAAGUAACAUUUCAUGAGAUGAGCAUACCCAAUCAUUAUCUGUGGUUGUAUCAUGAUAAAACGCUGCUGUAUAUGUCCAAACUUACAUUGGUUUUGUCCUGCGCCAUGAAAUUUGAAUCAUAUCCCCAUGAUACACAAAUAUGCUCCAUGAUGAUAGAGAGUUUAUCUCACACGGUUCAGGAUUUGGUAUUUAUUUGGAAUAUGACGGAUCCUUUAGUGGUGAAUAGUGAAAUUGAAUUGCCUCAAUUAGAUAUAUCAAAUAAUUAUACAACCGACUGUACCAUAGAAUAUUCGACAGGCAAUUUCACUUGUUUAGCCAUUGUUUUCAAUUUACGCCGCCGCUUGGGCUAUCAUUUACUUCACACUUACAUACCGUCCGCCUUAAUUGUUGUCAUGUCUUGGAUUUCGUUUUGGAUUAAACCGGAAGCUAUACCGGCUCGUGUUACUUUGGGUGUUACGUCUCUCUUAACAUUGGCCACACAAAAUACACAAUCACAACAGUCACUGCCACCUGUGUCCUAUGUUAAAGCAAUUGACGUUUGGAUGUCUUCGUGUUCGGUAUUUGUGUUUUUAUCUCUGAUGGAAUUUGCUCUCGUCAACAAUUAUAUGGGUCCGGUAGCGACGAAAGCAAUGAAGGGUUAUUCAGAUGAAAAUAUUACUGAUAUGGAUGAUUUGAAAUAUCAUCAUCGUGAAUCGAUAAUUGAACCACAAUAUGAUACAUUUUGUAAUGGUCAUGCCACAGCGAUAUAUAUUGAUAAAUUUUCCCGAUUCUUUUUUCCAUUUUCAUUUUUUAUAUUAAACAUUGUCUACUGGACGACAUUUCUGUAAUAAUUAAGGAAAACAUUUGUAAAAUAAUCAAACACACAAUAAAAAAAACACACACACACA